UCAGGUCAGAGCGCUCGUCUUUUUAUUUCACAGUUGUCUAUGAGACGUGAAAGCAAGCACAGUGACAUUCCUGUCACCAUUAAACCCUGACUCAGCUGUGGGUGCAGUGAGCUGGUGUUGGCUGACAGUUGUUUCUCCCUGUGCCGAACGCAAUGGGAGGGACAGUAAUUAGCAGCUAUAAAAAGCGUACACGAGGAGGCCGGCGGGUGCUUUGUCAACUGAUUUUUUUGUAGCCAGAAAACAUGAGGAAAUGUGGGUGUUGGUGAUCAGGUUUUUGCGCAAGUGUCCUUGCUGUAUGUCAUGUCAACAAGACACGAACGUCAUUGCUUUUGGGAUACAGGAUACACUCACUAAAUAUAUACCUCUCACUUCGUCUUUGUUGUUGUUGUUGUUGUUGUUUUGUCUUGUAACUUACUUGAAUCUUUAAACCCUUUAUUUUCUUAAAGCAAGUGAGAAAAGCUUUCCGCCGCCUUCUUCUUUCUUGUUUCAAAAACACAGCCACUCCUUUCAGGAGGAACAGAUCACUUCGAAAAUAGCUCAGGUGGUGAAAACGUAAACAAAAUUAAAUAAUAAAACAGAGGUCAUAGCCAGGAUUUUUAGAAAUACCGAGAUCUAAAUCCUGGUGACUCAGAACGGUAUUGAUCAGAAAUACAAUCUCUCAAUUGUAACAACGAUUAGAAUGUUUUGUCUUCACGCCUCCUGCAAGAAAGAUUGAAUCCGGUACGGCAUUUUUAGACGUAAAAAAAAAAAGUUGAAGACUUAUAUAAAGUAUAUUGAGUGUAAAAAUACUCUCAAAUAACCUCCAUUGGAAGGUAACAGAAUGAAAAAGUGCAUGUCCUCGAUGGAUGGUGCGGCCCUGUCGUCACCGAUUGACCUUUCACCCCGUUUAAGCUGGUGCCAGAAAAUGCAUUACACCUCAAUUUACCUCCCAACAUGUCCCGUAUCGCAUAUAAUUGAAUUUUCGUACCGGUCGAGCAGAACAUUUUUAUUACUCAUGGGGAGGGAGCGUCUGUUCCUGGCUCGGUAAAUUACCGCGAUGUCUCUCGGCCCUCGCGCGGGCCUCAGACCGAGCGACAUCGGGUCAUUUUGGAGGGCAGCAUAAACGGGGGGGGGGAAACCUCAAUUCCGUUGCUCUUUUUUACGUUCUGAAUCAAACGUCCUCUGAGAUAAGAGAACAAUGAGGGUGGCUUCGCUCCGCUUCCUCAAACACACCUGGACCUGAUUGUGCGGCUGCGGCCCUGCGCGCGUUACACAAGCCGCGCAACAGGUUGUGAGGCUUUUUUGUUUUUGAUGCAGCGUGUUGCAUUCGUGUGACCUACGACGGAGUCUUAAAGUUGAUCAAAUAUUAUCCCUCCGUGACUCAAUCGCCGUUCAUUGUUGGCGGUAUUUGCUCUUGGCACUCGUGCACUUUAAAAAAAGGGGAAAAGCGAGGUGGUGAGAACUUUUUCCUUUUGAGUGGUCUCCGUUCUUCAGGGUCUUCGUGAAUUCAUUUGAUGCCCUAUUUGUAGCUGCGUAUGUCCUCCAGCACAGCUUCAGAUGCUGAGAAAGGGUAAAAGUCUGAAGACGUCUGAAGAGAACUUUUCCUGUCGGAACAACCCGGGAAUAAUCCAUUUUUUAUUAGUUUUUUGAGUGGCAUGCUCAAAAAAGUAAAAUAGGCCCGAAGCACAGGCGCUGCGACGUGACGCGCCGUGUCAUCCAUCUCGACUUGACACAUGACGCGCUUAGACGAAGACGAGCAUUUCUCACUUCGGAGAGCCGAGUCGUCGUGACUGGAAUACCAAUUAGUGAGGACUUCUAGUUAUUUUCCUGCUUUCUGUUGCUGCAAUCAAUUAGGAAGCAAAACGUGAUUAAACUUCCAUCAAUAAGAAUUAUUGAUGCAAGUAUACGUAUUCAGUGUAGUAUCAUACAAGACAAAGCAGAACAUAAGCUGCUGGUCACACGAGACCAUAUCGAUCAUGACUGCUUUGUUUCACCGUUUUGUGAAAAACUAUAUUCCAAAAUGUAUCUUAACAUAAUAUAAUAUAAUAUAAUAUAGGGCUUCUAAGGUCUGACCCAUGAUGUUGAUUUCUUCCAAAACGUACAGCCUUUUUUAGUUUAGUUCCCUUUUUUCUUUUUUUUUCUUUUUAAAUACUGAAAAUACCGUUUGGAAGAUAAUCUACUCUUUUUGAAGCCUCAUAUAAAAUAUGAAUACAUGUGGAUUUUUGUCUCCCACCACUAAAAAGUACCCGAGGAGAGGACACAUUACUGGCCUGUGUGUGUGUGAACAUGAACGACAACAGCAAGUACAACCAGUUUAAAUGUCCAUAAGGCACCUGGCGAUUGUUUUUAAUAGCCAGGUGCCUUAUGGCGUGACAAAAUGUGAACAUGCUGUAACAUUUAUUUCACUAAUUCACCACUUUAUGAACCUAAUGACUCAAUUUGCACAACUGGUUAUAUUUAAUAUGUCAGUGAAGGCACAUUGGACAUCUUGAAUAGGAGAACAUUAUGAGGUUCAUUUAGCUGCCGGCUGUAAUUCAUGGCAUUUAUUUAUCACUUUAAUGGAAAGAUUUGACAUUAAUAGUUGUUGCUGUGCUGUUUACAAGCCCAUUGUGUGGACUAUUAAGGCUUGUGUUGUCUCAUAUGUUGUGGGAACCUCUCGGUAUAACACUGACGCAGGUCGUCAAUCAGCUGAGCGGGAUCACUGGAGACGAACGACUCCCACUCCACGAUUUAUUCCCUCAAUCCACAAUCUAAAAAAAGGCAAUCCAGAUCUACAAUGACCCCACCAUCCAUCGUCCCGGCCCAGCUUGUCUGUUGCUGCCAUCGGGCCGCAGAUUGAAUGUCCCGACGGCCAGGAAGAACAAUUACAAGAAAUCCUUUUUAUUCCAUCAGCUGUGAGCGUUCUCCAGAAGGGAUUGUUUAAAUAGGCACACUCCACUCAACAAGCCACUCGGCAAUGGUAUUAUUACUAUGGUCACUUUAAGGCUUUUAAUGGAGAUAUAUUUUGCAAAUACCCAAGUUCAUACUUAUGUUUCUCAUACUGUCUGUCUGAAUAUACCUGCAUUCGCCUUCUGUCCGUUUCAGGCUGUUUUUCUGUUGCGUUGCAAAGCAGCAGCUUUAUUUCCUGUCAGCUGAUGUCAUUCAUAAACGCUGCUCCCAGAAAUAAACUGAAAAAGUAUGCGUCGUUGUUGUGUAUGCCGUGUAUUGUCUUUAUACUAUAUGUCAGUGCUAAUCUAGGAAGGCCAGUCUUUUGUGUUUUGUAUAAAGGAGAAAGAGGCGCCACACAAAUUUCAUCUGAUUCCAGUUUGGUCAAUUUCUCCCAUUUUUCUUUUUCUCCCUCCUUUGACCUUUUUCCAGAUUCUUCCUCCCAGACUUGAUUCUUAACGAUCCUAACGCAAUCAGCAGAGGACCGUGAGGCUCGGGUCCCCCGCCCUCGUCCUCUUCCUCUUCCUUGUGCGAUGCCGAAGAGCGACACGUGGCCAGGCGGCGUUGCCAUGCAAUCCGAGAGCAAUCUGGACAGUGCCGGGAGCUGCGACAGUGUGAUCAGCGCCAACUCUGGCUACAGUCAAGACAGCAUGGAGCAUUUAUCUCCAGAGGAAAGGGCGUGCCUCAUGUAUUUGGAGGAGAUGAUCGAAGGGCUGGAGGUGCAGGAGGACAGCGGAUUAUCCAAUGACGAACCGGAUCCUCCAUUCCAGGCAGGCACGGGAGCAAAUGACGUUUCCAGUUUAAAGUCUGAUGCGUCCGAAAAAGACCAGACAUCAGAGUCUGGAUCCAGAGUGUUCUUCCCCGAAGACCAAGCGGAGCAUCACGCUCUAAAUCAGGAGUCACCAAUGAACCUGAUGACUCAACCCAAACCGCCAGUCGCUGAUUUAAAAAAACACCCGUUGGCUUCUCAGUUGUGUGUAUCCAAAAACAGAGAUGGACAACUUCAGAUUGGCCCAAUUGUCAGUCUUUGUCCCGGUCCGUCCAAUGAGGCCUCUGAGAUCGAUGUGAUCCCUCCUCCCUCAGACUUCAUGGAUGAGCCGGGCCUUCUUCCACACAGACCGAUAGUAAAAUACCUUUCACCGUCUCCAACGAUGUCCAAUGAGCCAGGAGCAGCUGUGGACUUGGAGCAGCUACGCCAGAGAGCUUUUGCAAAGAGAAACACAGUGAGCUCAUCUCUAACCCAGAAUCAUCCAGACCAGCCUCGAAAACUGAGUCUUCCGGUCCUCAGCUCUGAUCUCCCAAUGAGUCCUCCUCUUGACGAGCCCAGAACUCCACCUAUUGUGGCCCCUAAGCCCAAGAAGCUUCCUUCCAACAUUAUUCUGAAAUCACACAAGGGGGCGGUGCCCAUCUCUGAUGACAACUCGGAACAUUCGGUGCCCACUAGCAGUGACCGGCUCUUGCUGAACCCCCAGAGGGUCCACGUUGAGGCCCUCAGAAAGCUUGGCCUGCUGCCUGCAGGCACAGAUUCAGGCCCCGCCCUGAGCCCCAUCCUUUCUCCCAAAUCCAGGAUGUCAUGGGCAGGUCCUCUUUCUCCAAUCAGCCCGAGAGCUCCGCACUCGCCACCGUACCCCUCUGUCCACAGACCCCCUCCUGCCCCCGCUGCGGUGUCACCAUCCGCUACCUCCGCAGUCCUGCCGGCACCUGCUGCUUUCAGUGACUCCGCCGGCUCUCAGCUGUCAGAUAACAAACUGUCUGUUGUCGAAGAUGCUCUAGAGGCCGCACGAGUGUCCACGCCACCUCGCACCCCUCCUACCCUGGUCCAGCAUCUAAUCCCACCAAAGCUCGCAGGUGUCAAAUCGGCCACCCUGGAGCGCUCCGGUAUGGGUCUAAGAGACUACAUUGCUCAUCACGACUCCACCAAGGCCGCCGCUUCCAGCCAGUUACAUAAGAAUAGGGCGCGCCCGGCUUCUCUGGGGAGUCGGAAAGAGUUCGCAAGUGCAGGGACAGAGGGUUCCCCAGCGGGCCGAGUCAACGACAGAGAGCCGGAGAUCCGGAGGUCCCUGCCGGUCCACUCCGGAGACGCUCAGAAGCUGCCUCGAUCGCAAGGAAUCAGCGUACUGAUCUGCCCUCGUGCAGAGAACGGAGGGGAGCGCCGCGAGGCCCUGAAGAAGCUGGGGCUGCUCCGGGACUGAGGCGCCAAUUUCAGUGCCACGGACUCCCUUUUUGUAUUCUAUAUUUAAAGGAACUCAAUACAGGAUUGAUGAAGGCAACGCAACACUUUAGGGAAGCAGCUUAAGCACAUAAUUUCCGCAUUUUUUCUUUCUUUUUUUUACUGCAUUGAGCGUGAAACCUUGAAUACAUUGGCACUUGCAUCUACUUGUUCCUCAUAUUGUGUAGCCAAAUGUACAGUGUGUUGUUGUUGUUGUUUUUUUCCUCCAUAAAACUGUCAAUCAAGAACUCUCUCAGAUAUUCACUGACGCUCUCUCGGUGUGGAUGCGGUUUUUAAAUUAAAGAUACUGUUACUUUCAAAA